CGGAGGGACGAGUGCAUGUCAAUAACACUUUGGUUGGUGGGAACCCCAGGAGGGGUAGAGAGUCCUGGAUCUUUUGGUACCACUGCUUCACAACAGUCUUGUGAUGGGACUCGUUGCAAGACUUCGGUUGAUUCCAACUUCCAACCUCAGAAGAAAAUAAAUGCAAAGGUCCAUGAAGGUCUAUGCCAACGUUGUAAGGAGGUGCUGGAAUGGCGUGUGAAAUUCAACAAGUACAAACCACUAACACAGCCUAAAAAAUGUGUAAAAUGUCUGCAGAAGACUGUAAAGGAUUCUUACCACGUUAUCUGCAAACCAUGUGCUUGUGAACUUGAUUUGUGUGCCAAGUGUGGAAAAAGAGAAGAAAUUGUGAUUCCGAUUUAUAUCCUGCCUUUCUCCCACAGUGAAAUUCAAGGUCUUCUCUCAACAUGCCUUUCUGACCCCUUUUGCUGACAGAAGGCCAUCAGUUACACAGAAGAUUCUAGAUUGUUGAAAGCCAUCAGCUUCUCAACUGCCUCGCAACUCACAAUGGCCCCCUCUCCCCGUGUCAUAAUGCAACCUCAUGUGUUUAAAAAUCUGCAGAGCAAGAGCCAAGCUCAGCCUUUGACUUCAGAGCCACGGCUCAGCUGCCUUUGGCUUCUCAAAGGGCGAGGCUCUUGAGAGGCAACUAGAGAAAUGCGCUGAGCAAUACCAAUUCCUACCCUCCUAUCGUGUUAUAGGAGGCAACGCAACACCGGAUGAGACACCAAACAUUGGGAAGAAGGAGAAAUCUGGACACAACGUUUGGUAAGUGGGCAUCCUUUUGUCACUGUGUGUGACAUCCUCUUUGUGGCAUUGUCAUUCCCACUCUUCUGCCUACGUGUGUAUUGUUUGAUUGUGCCAUUCUCUUGUAUGUUUGCGUAUGUGUGUCCAUGUGAGAUGUCUUCCGGUGUCUUCUGACUGUUCUACCUUGUCCCCUCUUUCAUCCUUUGAGCUCUGUGCAUAAUGCAUCUCUUUCUUUUUUUUUCCUUACAGGUUCGUCGUAAAGACUGCUGGAGAGGACAAUGGCAAUGCCAACCAUCUUGAUUCAGUUAUAGUAGGCCCAGUGCUAGCAGGUACUCAGUGCCAUCUGUGUUUGGGCUGUACCCCUUUAUAAUACAGGACUGACUCCACAGGAGAGUGGAAAAUGCUCUAAGCAAUUCUAGACUACAGCUCAGAUCAUAAAACAAGUGGUACAACUCAGAAACGGAUGGUCUGAUACACCUGAGGCAGGUAGACCUGACAAGGGGGUCGCUUUCUCCUUGGGAUCCUGGUCAGGCCUUGUUGAGAGACUAUGUCUCACCCGCCCUUUGAGUUGGCAGUGCAGGCUGAGCUGGUUGCCUGAAUUGGAGCCGAGAAGGAAUUUUCCCCUGUUGAUCCCAAAUUGGCCCUGAGGAGAAACAGGUUUUUUGCCUUCUCUGCACUGCUUUCCCUUGAGAUGCUGCACCUUGGUUUGCAACUCAAGAGGAGCUCAAAGGGGGUGUCUGGGGGGCUCCUCCUUAGAAGAGUCCAUCCCAGGGAGACUCAGAAGUUAGAGCAGAUCCUAGUUUAUGACAGAUCAAUAAAUUCCUAUUGUUGAAAUGUA